UUCAGGAAAUUGAAACUAACUGUGAUCUACUAUCCAGAGGGAGCCAUGGCUGCAGAGAACCCCGUGGAAAGGCUCCAGGAAGAAGUGACAUGUCCCGUCUGUCUGGAAUAUUUCACAGAACCUGUCAGUGUGGAGUGUGGGCACAAUUUCUGCCGAGCCUGCAUCAGCCAGUGCUGGGAGGGAUCCGAUACAGCCGCCUCCUGCCCUCAGUGCAGAGAAACUGUGCAACAGGGAAACCUCAGGCCCAACAGGCAGCUGGCAAAUGUCAUAGAACUCGUCAAGCGGUUGAGUUUACAGGCAAUAAAGGGAGCAGGAGGGGACAGGGUGUGUGGGGAACACCAGGAGGCUCUGAAACUGUUCUGUGAAGAGGAUCAAACCCCCAUCUGUGUGAUCUGCAGAGAGUCCCGGGCUCACCGCGCUCACACGGUGGUCCCCAUCCAGGAGGCUGCCCGGGAGUACAAGGAAAGAAUCCAGGCCCAUUUGAAAACUCUGAGGGAAGAGAGAGAAAAGCUGCUGGGAUUGAAAGCGACUGGAGAGAGGAAUUGCUGGGAAUAUCUGAAACAAACACAAACCGAGAGGCAGAAGAUUGUGUCUGAAUUUCAGCAAUUGCAGCAGUUCCUGGAGGAACAAGAGCGACUCCUGCUAGCCCAUCUGGAGAAGCUGGACAAGGAGAUUGUGAGGAUCCAGAAUGAAAAUGUCAGUAAACUCUCCGAGCAGAUUUCCCGUCUGAGUGAGCUGAUCAGUGAGAUGGAGGUGAAGUGUCAGAAGCCAGCGAGUAAAUUCCUACAGGUGAGACUGAAUGAGAAACAUAGGUGGGUGCUCCAGGACAGCCAGCUCUCCCCCUCAGUGCUACGCGCCGUCAGCCCUGCCACUCAACUCCUCCCCCUUCUUCCAAAGCCCGUUUAG